GGUGGUUUGGAAACGCGUCAUUUCAGGUGUUAUCUCAUUGUGGAAACUGAUUUUUCAUUAAUUUGUAACCGAACAACGUACAUUCAAACUUUACAGAAUUAUUAUUCAGGUAUCUUGGACGUGAAGUAGAAACGAAAAAAUCCAUCCACAGAACUUCGACUCUGAUCAUAACAAUUAUAUGAAGAAUCAAUCAUUUAUUUAUAUUUUUUUCAGCAUCUAUUCAUUACAGAUUUCGAGUAAUAAUUCUAAUAAAUUCAAACAACCACAAGGACGUCGCGGGUUCAGCUCAUGACCGGCUGAGAGUUUCAGUCAACUGCUAGCAGCUGCUAGUAGCUUUCUGUGAAAGAGGGCGUAACCUCAAGAGACAAAGUUUGCCAGCUGAUUAUCUGGAAAUUACAUAUGUGUAAUCUGGCAACUAAAUUGAGAACUCGCCGGUCGUUCUCGAUGAGCCACAACUAUUCAAAUUACUCAUAUAAACUUUUUCAGUAUUCAUAAAAAUAACCCAGUGGAUGAUGGAAAUAUUCUAAAUUCUUCUGGAUUCCAAAAUUAAUUCCAAAUUUAGAUGAUAAACUCUCAUGCAACGAGCUCAUCGAACAGCCGAAAAGAUGAGAGCUUCCAGAGUAUACGCUACUGUACAUUGCUCUAUGCAAUGUGCGUCACCUUAUUCUCGACUCUCUUAUUUCUCUAUGGUUUUUUUCCUCUGAAUUACCAAGAUGAUGGGAUUGCAAAUAUGCACGAUGUGCCUGAUCAUGUGGAACAUAUAAGGGUCAAUAAUCAACUACUCUAUAAGCCAGUGAUAAGAAAAUUAAUUAUCAUGGUCAUUGACGGACUGAGAUGGGACUUUGUCGCUGGACCAAUUGGUAAAUCUGCAAUGCCUUUUACAAGACAAUUGAUAGGAGACAAUAGUGCCUGCCUAUUACGGACCAAGGUUGGAUUCCCCACGGUGACCAUGCCUAGAAUAAAGGCAAUAACUACUGGCUCUGCCCCAACAUUUGUGGACGUUGUUCUGAACUUUGGCAGUAAAAAGAUAUCGGGAGACAGUCUGCUUUUACAGGCAAAAAAUCAUGGCCACAAGUUAAUAUUUUACGGAGAUGAUACUUGGCUCAAAUUGUUCCCUGAUUUAUUCUAUCGCUCUGAUGGAACUACCUCAUUUUUUGUCACCGAUUAUACGGAGGUUGACAACAAUGUAACUCGACACAUUGAUACAGAGCUUAAUAAAAAAGACUGGUCCAUCAUGGUGAUGCAUUAUCUCGGACUUGACCAUAUCGGGCAUACAGGAGGCCCCCACAGUUCAUUGAUAAAACCAAAACUGAAAGAAAUGGAUGAUAUCAUUCGGAAAAUUCAGGCUUAUGUUGCUCAGUCGAAUUCUCAAAACGAGCGAACGCUUUUUGUUGUCUGUGGGGACCAUGGAAUGAGUGACUCAGGGGGUCACGGGGGCAACACACCCCAAGAAGUUUUGGUACCUCUGGUAGCGAUCGGUGCAUCCUGUCCUCAAGAAAGUGAUGAGCCUUUCGAAUUGGCCCAAGUAGAUAUUGGUAGUACACUUGCCGUUAUGCUGGGGAUUCCAAUUCCCGCAUCUAAUCUGGGGAGUAUUUCCAUUGAUCUAUUGAGAGAGCUAUCAAGCUCUGAAAGAUUAUUCAGCCUCUACUAUAAUGCCAAGCAAGUUUUCAAGCACUUCCAAAGUCUGCCAGACCACCAAGAAACAAGAGCUUACAAAGAUUAUGCUGAUGCCAUCAAGUUACAUUCAGCAUGGCUAGAGGGAAACGGCUCUACAACUGACACUGUUGAUCAAAUAACACAAUCGUAUGUAGAUGCACUUUCAGCAAUGCGCGACAAACUUACGAGCAGCAUGUCCAAAUAUGAUCUUCGCGUUAUGAUCAUUGCAAUGUUUCUGUUGUUUCAUACUUUGUACAUCGUGACGAAUACCGAACGAGAUACGAAUUUGGGGCCCGUGAAAGUUUUGCUAUUUGUUGUAGUCAAUGGAAUCCUCUGGAAGUUGCUCGAUCAUAUCUUGCCAGACGACUACGAGUCAGCCUUAUUUGCUGAUAAUACAAAUAGCAAUCUACUUCUUGGGCUUGUAACCGUAAUAUUCAUUGCUAAUUGUUGUAUUUGCGCCAACCUCCAGCUCUCUUUCAAACUCAUUAGCAAGCACAUUAAAAAUGGACCCACUGCACUGCACCUGUUGGUAUUAGGGAAUGUGUUUCAUGCGCUGAGCUUAAACAGCAGUAGUUUUGUGGAAGAGGAGCACCGUACUUGGUUUUUUUUCUGGACAACUUUCUGCAUUCUCUUAUUCUACCACAUCGCCAGAUCAAUCGUCGUACAAUCUGCAAGAUAUUAUCACUAUUCCGUUAACGCACAAAUUUGUGUGGAAAUAUUUUUCUGCUUGGUGGCGCAUGCGGUACUUAGGCAUUUGAACAGUACUGGAGAUAUGUACGCACACUUGCCUGAUAUCGCUGAUUGGCUUCAACAAGAGGAAAGCAAAAUCAGCAUGACCGUUCUUCUGGUUUUUGCUUUGGGAUUCUUAGUCUGGUUGGGAUACACUUAUGAGGAAAUAAAAUAUAGAAAAUGUUUAUUGAUGUUGAAUACCUCUGUCGCAAUUUGCAUAUAUCUUCGACACAUGGUCAUUGAAACGGUGUUGGUGCUGCCAUUUUACCCUGCCUCUAGGGGUAUCUACGAGGUGCACGUCUUCUGGUUACUGAUCUCAAUAUAUUGGAGCAUCGCCUUACUCAGAUUGGGUAUAACAAUAAUAACUAAUAGGAGGAAUUUUCUAUCGUUGCUUCUAAGGUUCAUCAUAGAAUUUUGGGUUACGGUUACGGCGAUGUUACACAGACCUUACAAUGUGGUAUUGUUACCUAUUCAACUUUUAUUCAGCAUUGUAAUUCACCGAGCCCUGAGGGGCUCCGAUAGUCGUGAUAUCGUUGUUCACAUUCAUUACUGGCUUGGCAACAUAUUUUAUUUUUAUCAGGGUAAUUCUAAUAACUUGUCGACAAUCGAUGUCGCUGCAGGAUACGUAGGGAUGGAAAGUUAUAAUCCAUACGUGACAGGCCUCUUCUUGGCUAUUAACACAUAUUCUGCUCCUGUAUUAGCCUACUUGACACUUAUUUAUGGCGUGACACGCAAUCAUAAGAAACAACAAGUGCAAAGAAUUGGGAUUUCCGUCUACAAAGAGGAGGUCGAGGAUGAAGCAAGUGGGGAAAUGCCAUCAAUGAUUAAUAACGGCGGGAAUGAAAAAAGUAAAUGUCGUCAUCAGUUUUAUUGUCAUUUUGUGGCUUGCCAUAAAAAACGGUCACUACGUCCGUGCGGAUUUAUUAUCUUUGUAAAAAAUAUUGCCGAUCCUAUUUGUCUAGGCUCUAGGCAAAAGUAGGAACAAUCUCAAAAUUUGUUUGUUCAAUUCAUAGUGUGUCUUAAUACUCGUAGGUAAUCGAUCUGAGAUUCCAAAUACAUAACUUUUAUGAUGAGUCGCAUAACGAAGGCUGAAGGAACAAAAGAAUUUUGUGAAAUAAUGAAUUGUUUUGCUCAAGGCCCUGACGUUACAUUUAACGUACGGUAUGUGCUAUUCGAAUUUACUGGAAGCCACAACUCCACGUUCAGGAUCGGUGGCACAUUUUUAUGCGAACAUUUCGAUCCGGAUUAUUAUUCUAAAUGGUAUGAAGAAUUCUAUGAGGAUCAUAAGAAUAAAUUCCCUAUUGAAUCUGUGACGAUUUACGUUAAUGAUUCACUGCCUCCAUCAUUUUUGGAACUGUUUACCAAAUAUUUUUCACGAAUAACACCUG